CAUGAAAAAGUCAGCGUCUUUGUGCAUAUAAUAAAAGGUCAUCUCUCUCUCUCUCUCUCUCUCUCCUCUUUGUCCUCUUAGAAACUACUACUUUUGAUUCAUUUAAGAACAUCCUUGAGUUGUAGCCUGCGUCCCAUCUCUCUCCCCUUCUCCCUUCUGGUGCUUCUCUUGAUGCAUGUGUCCGGUGCUUCUUUGGUGCAGCAGCCAUCAGAUCACCUACACAAUCCAAGCUUAGAUUUCCGGCCUUCUUUGAGCUAUCAGAGAAGUCAUGUGUGACUUCUUUUGGCAAAGGAUGGAGAAUGACCAGGGCGACCUCGCUGACAUCGUCCGGGCGGGCGGGCGCGGCGGUCCCUCGAGCGCCGACUUCCCGAUCGCCGACUGGCAGCUCCUCUCGGAGCCCGCGACCUUCCCACCGUCAACCCAGGCCCCGGCCAGCGACUUCGGCGACCCCUUCGCCAACCUCCGAGACCCGCUGCUCGACCAAUUGGUCGGUUCGGAGUUCUACGACGGCAGCCCAAGCACGACAUCGGGCCUGGUCAACAUGAGCCCCGAGGGUGGCGAUGCCGGCGCCGGUGGCGGCAGCAAUGGCCUCGUAGAGCAGAAAAAGAUGCUGAUGGGUGAGGAGAUGAGAUCGCCUUGUAAUAUCUUCUCCCGGGUCCUUCAGAUCUCGCCGAGCACCAGCAAGAAUUCUCCGCUCUCGCCGAGAGCGAUCAAGCCUUCUCCAAUAGUAACCGGCGACAUGGUGAAGAUGGCUGGUGGCUCCGUCGGCUGCCCACUGGAUCCCACCGCUGGGGUGCAGAUCUCGUCCCCUCGAACUACCGGGAUCAAGCGAAGAAAAAGCCAGGCAAAGAAAGUGGUUUGCAUUCCAGCACCAGCAGCAGCAAGCAACAGACCUAGUGGAGAGGUGGUUCCCUCUGAUCUAUGGGCUUGGAGGAAAUAUGGUCAAAAACCCAUCAAGGGAUCCCCUUAUCCAAGGGGCUAUUACAGAUGCAGCAGUUCGAAGGGAUGCUCGGCAAGGAAGCAAGUUGAGCGAAGUCGAACCGAUCCCAACAUGUUAGUCAUCACCUAUACAUCGGAGCACAACCAUCCAUGGCCAACUCAAAGGAAUGCACUUGCCGGAUCUACAAGAGCCCAACCCACAAAGAGUGGCUCUUCAGCUUCAAAGAACCCCGCUCAUAACCAAAAACCAUCCGCAAGCCUCAAAGAAGAGUCCAGGGAGGCAACAAGCUCGAGCGCCCCUGCGAUAAAAGAAGAAGCGAGAGAGAUGGAGAAGGCCAUGGAUCCAGUCGAAGAUAAUGAAUUCGAUCAGGUGUUCCAGCAGAGCUACAAGCCCAUGAUCCCAGAUUCGGAUCAGCCCGAUGACUUCUUCGCAGAUUUGGCAGAGCUGGAGCCUGACCCGAUGAGCCUCAUCUUCUCGAAAGGAUUCAUGGAAACCAAGCCAGCUGAUGAGGAGAGGGGACUGAGAGCUUCAGAUCCAUUCAGCAUGUUUGAUUGGGCUGGGAACUCAUUUGGAGAAGCUAGGAAAGGUUUAUAACAAGAUCUUGGUGCAGCAAAACACCUUAUAAGAAAAACAACCCCUAGUUUGUUUUAUGGAGGUGCAGUUUUGUCCAAGGUCUUGGUAUAAACCUUUUUUAAGUACUAAGUUUGAAUAUUGAUGUGGGGGGUAAGGGUCUCUUUCUGUUGUCUUUCCUCUUUCUUGUUAUUUAACAGACCAGUCUACAGAUUAGGAGAAAAAGAGAAGGGGGUUGUAGGUGAACUGGGAGCAGGUCCAUGGUAGACCCGCAUCCUUGGAAUAUUGAAGGAUGGGACAGAAAGCUGAGGAACAGAAGCUUUCUACAGUUAGAACAAGUACACGUCUUAGAUGUGACUGAAAAAGCUUUCACGAGGAAGUUGAGAUAGUGUCGAUAUAGGAUGAGCUUUUCUUUUCACUUCCUCCCCCCCUCCUCUCUUCGUUCCAAGUGGGGAAAAUAAUUCAAGCCUAGUGAAGAUUUGAAACAAAGGAAGGAGCAUGGCUUGACUUACUUUGCCAUGCCAUAAAAGAAGGUGGCCGAAGGACUUGGAAGAAAGAGAGAUGAGCAUGAAGAUCUCGAUUUUUAUUCGAAUAAUAUCUUGCAUGUGCUACGAGUAGGUGAGCUUGGAGUUGGGAGUUUGGAAAAAAAUGAGAUUAGAAUAGCUCUUUUGUUCCUCAGCUUUCUAUUUCCUAUUCCUUUGAUUUUUCAACAUUGGAAUUCUGCUUUCAGUGUAUUAGGUAUUAAAUACUGUUCUUGAAAACCAUACUUUCACACCAUAAUUCAAUCUAGAUUGCCCCCUUAAACGUGUUCA